GGUCUUUUACAAACAUAGAAAGGAAUCAUCAUCGUGGUAAUCCGAGGGAUUCGUUCGCCGAUUCUGGGAAUUCUCCGAGAGUGAUCACCGUGGUGGUAACCAUUCCUCGAGCGGUACUGCCGCUACUGCGGAACCCUCGACGCCCUCGACGACCUGGCUGGUCAUCGUCUACUUUGACUUGUCCAGAGGCCCCCUGAUGCUGCAGCAGUCGUAUGCCCCUUAACGGCCGGCGCUAUGAUUCGUUAUUGACGUCAGUGAGCGUCUAGUUUGCAGUCUAAACCGAUCGAGAUGCCAUUGUCGGCACAUGUAUUGUUGCCGUUUUUUUUGCCGUAGCUUUGCGGGUGAUGGCGGCUGUGUGUAAUCUACAAACAUCCGAUAAGUCCUACAAUCAGGUUUUCCAGUCAAUGCUUACAGAUAUCUCUGUAUGAAUUGUAUCGGUACUGCGUGUAACCCAACCAUCAAGAGAGGAUGUCGAGUAGUUGGGUGAUCGGUGGCAUCCGACAACCAAUGACAGGCCCUGUCAUAAUACACUCGCAUUGCAUCCGAGUCCGCGUAGCGAAAACCGUGGAUAUGACACGCAUUGGUUGGGAGAUUCGGAACUGUGUGUUGUGGGGUUCAUCACUUUGGCCACGUUUCCCGCAGCGCAGCAAGGCAUGGCUGUUACAGUACACUUGGGUUUUGUGGGUCAGAGGAUACGAUAGAUUGAAUAUGGUGGUGUUUGAAGGUCAUGGUGGGAUAGGCUUUGUGUAUUUGAGCAACUCCUGUGAUAAAUAUGGUACAGUGGCUCCAGACAUAGGCCGCACCGCCAAUCGCACCACACGUGAUGAUGGAAUUGAAUACUUCGAUGUCAUAAGUAUAGAAAAGCCGCUCGUGGGCCGGCUCCAUCUUGGACUUUUCAUUGCCCUCUCUUACAAACGUCCAUGUUUCGUCGUAAUUUUGGCUGCUGAACAUCUUUGACGGUCGCGAU